CUCUCGCCGUCGAUUUGCCAGUAUUUCAUCAGAAAACAGGAACACUUUGGAGUGGCAACGCUGAACUGAAUUCAAAUCGCCGGAAAACGCAGCCGUAGUUGGUCGUCUUCAUCCUGAAACAGUGAGAAAACAUGUUGUUAAAUCCUAUUCUGGCUUCUUUGUGAGAUGAUCUUUCUUUUUACACUAUGACGAAGAAGACGAAGAAGGGUUCUACAAUAACUUCAAAUAAGUUGCAAGAGAAUAAUACCAUUGAGGAAGAGCAAAAGCCUUCUUCUCUGCCGAAGAAAGCCGUUAGUGAAAUUGACGAGAUAUUUGCGGGUAAAAAGAGAAAGAAACCUGAUGUGAAGAAGGGUGGAAAAGCCGAUCAAGCCAAUCAAGCGACUAAAAGUAGUGAUAAGACUAAGAAAAGGACGAAUGAGAAGAAAAAAACUAAACGGGCAGAUGAGGAUGAGUUUAUUGAAAGAUCAUCUCGGUCAAGAAAGAAAACGGCGGAUGGGCUUACCAUCUAUACUGAAGAGGAAUUAGGUCUUAGUAAAGGGGAUGCUGGGAAUACGCCACUCUGUCCAUUUGAUUGCUCUUGUUGCUUUUGAUCGAUGCUGCAGGUACACUCGGUUCCUUGCUACGAUGAAAGAAGUUGUUGUGAUUGUGUAACAUGCUUUGUCGUAUUUAUAGUUGGGAAUAUUAACUAUGCCCCGAGAUAUCUUGUACUAACAUUGAAUUUCUACAAGUAAUUUCAAUUUUGCAACCGUUUCAGUUC